AUGAAAAAUUUAUUUUAUUUUUUGUUAUCAAUUAUAAUUUUUGAAAAAUCUACAUCUAUUGAAGAUUUUAAAGAAUGUUAUACAAAAUCUGUUGAAAAAAUAGAAUAUGUUUUUGGUAAUUUUUUAACAACAGAACAAGGAUUAAAAUUUUAUACUGACAAUAUGAAUAUGUAUUUAAUGAAUAAAUCUUUAUUUGAAAUGUCUUUUUAUCAUCUUAGAAAUCGGAGUAAAUUUCUAAAUCCUGGACAAAUCAAUGUAUUUAAUAAUGUUGUUCAUAAUCUUUCAACAAUAUUGGGUUCCUACUUUAGUACAUUAAAAUUUUUAACAAAACUUUCAUAUUCUUUUGUUGAUAUCUAUUCAUCUGAUAGGAAGAUAAUUGAUAAUGAAGUAAGUAAUAAUUUUAAAAAAGGUUUACCAUUAAAUACAAUAAAAAGAGAGGCAUGUUAUUCAAUUUACAAACUAAUAACAGAGGAAAAAAAGAGUCGUAUUGUGAAUCAAAUUAAAAUUUUGACACCGUCUGAUAAAUUUAAUGAUUGUCUUAAUGAAAUGAGAAGAUUAAUUAAAUUAUAA